UUCGGGCACUGGCGAAGGGGAAAGGUGAGGAGGUCUGGCCAGUCAGAGGGAAGUUUGGCAAUAACUGAAGAGCAAAGAGGGAAGCCCAGGUAGGAGUCAGUCCUUGGGCCCCUCUCAGCUCCCUGAUCCCUUUGCCUGGGCUCAACCAUCCACCCACUCGGCAGCCUCCAGGCCCGGGACUGUCCCAGGCGGCUGCCUUUUGCGCGCAGCGGAAGACGAAUCCAGUAAGGCUGUCGCACCACGCGCCCCGGUGCACGGACUCCAGACAACACAAAUCUGAAGAAAGCUCCUGGCCUGGGCUUUCUCAAAUGCUAUGAACCAUGGCCCAGCUGUACUACAAGAAGGUCAAUUACUCACCGUACAGAGACCGAAUCCCCCUCCAAAUUGUGAGGGCUGAGACUGAGCUCUCUGCUGAAGAGAAGGCCUUCCUUAAUGCUGUGGAGAAGGGGGACUAUGCCACUGUGAAGCAGGCACUACAAGAGGCCGAGAUCUACUACAAUGUCAACAUCAACUGCAUGGAUCCUUUGGGCAGGAGUGCCCUGCUCAUUGCCAUUGAGAAUGAGAACUUGGAGAUCAUGGAGCUACUGCUGAAUCACAGUGUGUAUGUGGGCGAUGCACUACUCUAUGCCAUCCGCAAGGAAGUGGUGGGCGCUGUGGAGCUUCUGCUUAGCUACAGGAAGCCCAGUGGAGAGAAGCAGGUUCCCACCCUGAUGAUGGACACCCAGUUCUCUGAGUUCACACCAGAUAUCACUCCCAUUAUGUUGGCCGCCCACACCAACAACUAUGAAAUCAUCAAAUUGCUUGUCCAAAAGCGGGUCACUAUCCCACGGCCCCACCAAAUCCGCUGCAACUGCGUAGAGUGUGUGUCCAGUUCGGAAGUAGACAGCCUGCGUCAUUCAAGGUCCCGACUGAACAUCUACAAAGCUCUGGCAAGCCCCUCACUCAUUGCCUUAUCAAGCGAGGACCCCAUCCUCACUGCUUUCCGGCUGGGCUGGGAACUCAAGGAGCUAAGCAAGGUGGAAAAUGAGUUUAAGGCUGAGUAUGAGGAGCUCUCCCAGCAAUGUAAGCUCUUUGCCAAGGACCUGCUGGACCAAGCUCGGAGCUCCCGAGAACUGGAGAUCAUCCUCAACCAUCGAGACGACCACAGUGAAGAACUUGACCCACAGAAGUACCACGACCUGGCCAAGCUGAAGGUGGCAAUCAAAUAUCACCAGAAAGAGUUUGUCGCUCAGCCAAACUGCCAACAAUUGCUUGCCACCUUGUGGUAUGAUGGCUUCCCUGGAUGGCGGAGAAAACACUGGGUAGUCAAGCUUCUGACCUGCAUGACCAUUGGCUUCCUGUUUCCUAUGCUGUCUAUAGCCUAUCUGAUCUCACCCAGAAGCAACCUUGGGCUGUUCAUCAAGAAGCCCUUUAUCAAGUUCAUCUGCCAUACAGCUUCCUAUCUGACCUUCCUCUUCAUGCUUCUCCUGGCUUCUCAGCAUAUUGUCAGGACAGACCUCCAUGUACAAGGACCUCCCCCAACUGUUGUGGAAUGGAUGAUACUGCCUUGGGUUCUAGGUUUCAUUUGGGGGGAGAUAAAGGAAAUGUGGGAUGGUGGAUUCACUGAAUACAUCCAUGACUGGUGGAACUUAAUGGAUUUCGCAAUGAACUCCCUCUACCUGGCAACUAUUUCCUUGAAGAUUGUGGCCUAUGUCAAGUAUAAUGGUUCUCGUCCAAGGGAGGAAUGGGAAAUGUGGCACCCGACUCUGAUUGCAGAGGCACUCUUCGCAAUAUCCAACAUUUUAAGUUCCUUGCGUCUCAUAUCCUUGUUCACAGCCAACUCCCACUUAGGGCCUCUGCAGAUCUCUUUGGGACGCAUGCUGCUUGAUAUCCUCAAAUUCCUCUUUAUCUACUGCCUAGUACUGCUGGCUUUUGCCAAUGGACUGAACCAGCUUUAUUUUUACUAUGAGACCAGAGCUAUCGAUGAACCUAACAACUGCAAGGGGAUCCGGUGUGAAAAACAGAACAAUGCCUUCUCCACGCUCUUUGAAACCCUUCAGUCACUCUUCUGGUCUGUAUUUGGCCUUUUAAAUCUCUAUGUCACUAAUGUGAAGGCCAGACACGAGUUCACCGAGUUUGUGGGAGCUACUAUGUUUGGGACAUACAACGUGAUCUCCCUGGUAGUGCUGCUGAACAUGCUCAUUGCCAUGAUGAACAACUCCUACCAGCUUAUUGCCGAUCAUGCUGACAUUGAGUGGAAGUUUGCAAGAACGAAGCUCUGGAUGAGUUACUUUGAUGAAGGUGGUACCUUGCCACCUCCUUUCAACAUUAUCCCCAGCCCCAAAUCAUUCCUCUAUCUUGGCAACUGGUUCAACAACACCUUCUGUCCCAAAAGAGACCCCGAUGGAAGACGAAGGAGGCACAACUUGAGAAGCUUCACAGAACGCCAUGCUGAUAGCCUGAUACAAAAUCAACAUUAUCAGGAAGUUAUCAGAAAUUUAGUCAAGAGAUAUGUGGCUGCAAUGAUAAGAAACUCUAAAACAAAUGAGGGGCUAACAGAAGAAAAUUUUAAGGAAUUAAAGCAGGACAUCUCCAGCUUUCGAUAUGAAGUGCUUGACCUCUUGGGAAACAGAAAACAUCCAAGAAGAAGCUUUUCCACUAGCAGCGCUGAAUUCUCUCAAAGAGAUGAUACCAAUGAUGGCAGUGGUGGGGCUCGGGCCAAAUCUAAGAGUGUCUCUUUCAAUUUAGGCUGCAAGAAAAAGGCCUGCCACGGGGCACCUCUCAUCAGAACCAUGCCAAGAGCCAGUGAUGCUCAAGGAAAGUCAAAAGCUGAGUCAUCAAGCAAACGGUCCUUCAUGGGUCCCUCUCUCAAGAAACUGGGUCUCCUGUUCUCCAAGUUUAACGGUCAGACCUCUGAACCUACUCCAGAGCCCAUGUACACAAUCUCCGAUGGGAUCGCACAGCAGCAUUAUAUGUGGCAGGACAUCAGAUAUUCGCAGAUGGAGAAAGGGAAGGCAGAGGCCUGUUCUCAAAGUGAAAUGAACCUCAGUGAGGUAGAGUUAGGUGAAAUCCGGGGUGCUGCUCGGAGCAGUGAAUGCCCCCUAGCCUGUUCCAGCUCUCUUCACUGUGCAUCCGGCAUUUGCUCCUCAAAUUCUAAACUUUUAGACUCAUCAGAGGAUGUAUUUGAAACUUGGGGAGAGGCUUGCGACUUGCUCAUGCACAAAUGGGGUGAUGGACAGGAAGAACAAGUUACAACUCGGCUCUAAGUCAAAUCCCCACCAGCUAUUCUGGAAUUCAAGAGAAAAUUUGUAAUGUCCUCAUUCUCAGAGGUGACCCCAAAUAUGGUUCCCUCACGGUUCCCCCCUCCAAGGAGUGAAACUCCUAUUGUUUUCAGUCUUUUAUAGCCACAUUCCUCAUGCUUUGUUUUAUUGUUAUUAUAAUUUGCCUUUUGAUAUCUCGAAAUACUUCAAUCCAUCUCGAAAGCAACUGAAGGGGCAUUGCCCCUAGUCAGCAGAGGUGCAGUCGGGUGCUUAACCCCUUUGCUUUGCUGUUCUUACCCUUGCCUCGCUGACGCUCCGGGUGCCACUUUGCUACCAUAGCUGCCGCCCAGAUUCCUGACUUCCCUCGGGAUCUCACACCCAUCUCCCCACAGAGCUGAGGGAGAUGGUCAGCAGUCCCUACCAGCUACCAGAUAAGGCAAAUCAACCUGCCUGUCUUUGUUGCUCUUCAGUGCUACACGCUGCCCAUGCUGGUUCAAUGAACAGCAUGAACGGGAGACUAGACUCCAAAGAAUUGGCAGCUUGUGGUUUCUAGGUAGAACUAGCCUUUCUGUUUUGUUUUAAAACACCAUAACUUCUAAUUGUAGGGACUGUUGAGGUUUCGUUUCUUAAAGAUGUGUUAGUUUCUUAACGUGUGCCAAUGAGAUAUUUACUCUACAGUGCGUGUCAUAUAUAUAAUAAGUUAGCUGAUUUCCUUUCCUGUGUUUGUAUAUUUCAGUUAACUUAUAUAUUUUAAAUUUUGAGACUAUCAAAAUUAGUAUUUAGGAUGUGUACUUUUUUCCAAAACAUCUUCUACUGCACUUUAACCAAUAGUUACUACAUCUCAUAUAUUGGCAAGAAAAAAUAUAACUAGCUGGCAUAUUUAUAGAGUCCUAUCUACUGUGGCUAGUUUUAAUCAUCAUUGAUAUAAAGGCAUUUCUAAGCCUAAAGACUGGAUUUGAAAUAUUUUUUAUGAGAAAAAUGACAUUUUACUGAGGUAUUUAAAUUUAGGGGGAAAAGAGCACCUUAAUUUAAUUAAUUGCUUUCUGGAAAGAAAACCUAGCAGACACAAUUUUAGGUUCAGAUAACCUAAUUCAGGUUGCAGCUGUAAUAUCCACUGGGAGACGGGAAACUGCAUGUGUGAACUGUUAGAUAUAUAAUGUAAUAAUCCUAGUGGAUUCGUAGAGCUAAAUUCUGCCUUCAAAGAAAGCUGCAUAUUUGCAUUCAAACUCUUUCCCAUAGCCCAGGAGUACUUAAUCAGAACACAAGUUAAAAACAAAGUUAGGAUGCAUAUGGUAAUCAUUUUAGGACUGACAACCACCAAACAAUAGCCUGCUGGGCAAGCAUAGUUUUACCAACAUAUGCUUGGCUUGUGGAGAUUAACAAUUUAUAUGGCAGAAAAGUAAAAAAGUUCGUUGGGCAUCACCUGUUCUUUUUAAGUGUCAGCAGCAACAAGAAUCCAUCUACAUUCUUGUGUGCAGUAUGCUGGACGUGAAAGGAAUUGUUCAACAAUGUAAAUGUGUCUGUAAACUUGCUUUUGACAGUGUAGUUUAUGUUAAACUGACUUUCCAUCUCUAUCCCUAGCAUUGGUAAAUGACGGUAAAAGUGUUUCAUGUGAAAAGGAGCCAAAUUAGGGGCAAGGGAGGCAGGAAGUAGUGCUGAACACAACUCCGACACACGGAAAAGGGAACAACGAGAGUAAGAUGAAUCAACACGAAUUUGGCAAGGGUUUGUUCCAAAAUAAUCUUAGUCUUAUCUGAAGUGCUCAUUUGGUCAAAUCCAACUGCUGCCCUACUGAGGGACCAUCACAAAUACCUAUGACACUGGGACAGAUUCCUUUCUAAAAGGAAGAGUUCUAAAGUCACAAUUUCAACUUUCCCAACUGUAAAACUUAUUCUUAAUAAUAAAUCAACCUCGACUACAACCCUAACUCACACCACCACCAACAAAGCCAACAUAUAACCAUAUAGUCAAAACAUCUUUCUCACCAAUAUACAGACUAUUAAUAAUCUAGGUGUAACUGUUGUAAUGAUCAGAAAACAGUAGGAAGGCAUGAAGUCGUGGUCCAAAGCAGUCUUAUCUCAGUAACAUUCUGAAGAGAGAGGAAAGAUAUUACACCAGCCAUUCUCUGCAACUGAAAGACAGCAGUGCCGUAUUUCUUGGGAACACAUUCCAUACCAGAUCUCCUUUGUGACUUGGGCUUUAGAUUUCACUAGCUAUGUUGAUGCCUCAUUUAGGAUAAAUGUUGAAACUAAACAGCGAUUGUCCUAAGUUCCAUGUUGGUGAUAGCAACAUUUUUAUUAACUCUAAGAUAAUGCCAAGCAAAAAAGUGAAAGACAUCUUUCUACCCAGCCACUGUUUACAAACAUUUCAGGGAUGGAGAACUUCCCUGACAGUCAGCCCUGAAUUCUGUUCCUGGUACAAUUUUAAAAGGGUGGAGGGUUGGAAAGAUGGCUCAGUGCUUAAAAGCACUCACUCUAACAGAUGACCCAGUUUCUAUUCCCAGCACCCACAGGGCAGCUCAAUCUGUCUGUAACUCCAGUUCCAGGGCAUCUAAUGCCCUCUUCCAGAUUCCCCAGGCACCAAGCACACAUGUAAUACACAGACAUAUAUGUAGGCAAAACAUUUACACACAUAAAAUAAAAGUGAAUAAGUCUUUUUUUAAAGGGACAGGAUUUGAAAUAAAAAUUCUUAAGCAUGUCUUUUCACUGCUGAGAAUGUACAAAGGUAACUUGAGAGUAAAUUUGUAAGCCAGAGAGAGAGAGAACUGUAGAGAGGAUCAACUGGAUUCCAACCUCAUAUUUAAAGUUUUUUUUAAAAAGGUGGCACCAUGGUAUCCAGAGAAGGGCACCAAGCUGGUCAAUAAACACAAAAUUUCUGGAUUAUAGAAACAUUACCUAGCAUAUAUGUUAUAUAUAGAUGUUCAAAUAAAAUGCCCUCUAUACAGGUGCCCAUUGUUUUCAUUUGUCUAAAAUACUGUGAACUCCAAAACUGCACUUAAAUGUAAAUUUAAAAUGUACUGUAGCUGCAAAGUAAAAAUAACUAUAAAUACAAGAACCACUUGUUAAUAAUACAACACCAUGACUUACUUUCAUUACAGUCAACUUUCUUAUAACUUCUAGGUACCUUGGGUCCAUUUGUUUGAUACAAUGAUUAAAGUCUUCUUAAUAUUAAGGUAAACAUACAAAAAAGUCUGAAUUAUAUCAGAAAUUAUAUCAUUGUUAAAGUACCUCUUCCACUUUUAAGCCCAGUGGAGUGCAAAAAAGGGGAAGAUUCUAAACUCAAAAUCAUUGAUAAAUCUGAGGCCAGCCUGGACUAUAUAGUAAGACCUUAUAUCAGAAACACACACACACACACACACACACACAAAAUUUCUUUUAAGUUCUUUUUACUCUUCUGGCUUACUUGCUCCAAAUAUCUAAUCAUUGGCAUAGAACUGAGUUUCUCAGUUCAGUGUGAACCUUACUUUAGAAAAGAGGAACAGUGUAUGAUUUCAAUGCCCUUUUCCAAACAGAUGUGGUUUUUGGUUUGUUUGGCUUUAUUGGAAAAUGUCUGAAAAGGUGAAAACUUUAUCUGUGUAUGUGCAAAUACACACCUGGAAGCUUAAAAUGGCAUUUGAGCCUCUGACCUUGCUUUAUCCCAUUUGGGAAUAGUGAAUGGUGAGGGAGCAGGAAUAACUACUUUUCCAUGAAGAGAUUUCCUGGGAUGUGGUAAAGAAUUGCUAAAUGAACAAGCCACAACGCAUCCUCUGUAGAACAACUGUUAAAGCGAGAACUACCAGAUUUAGUUUUUCUGAUUUUGAGAAGGGAAGACACUUAGACCAGAAAAAGGUAACCUGAGAAAUAUACACACUUUUGGGAAAAGAACAUGCAUGGAUUUUACUGCAGUCACAUUACAAUUCAUAAUGCUGUCAUGUAAGCUAAGUUCCCCAGUAUGCUAUUUGGUGGUUCACAGAAGGUGCUUGUAAGUGGCCUUGAAGCUUUACUUUCUAAAAAUGGGGUGUUGGAAUGAUGCAGGAAACAAACUAAGAGGUUAUGUCAUCUUCAAGCUCAGAAUUGCUUUCUUUUUAAGUUUAUUGAUCUGAACUCGGCUUCUUUUCUGAAAUAUUAGUAUCAGUGAUUGUGGUACUUGAGAAACAUAUACACAUUCAAAACUAUAGUAUUUAAACACCAACUUAGUAGAAUGCCCUAUGCCAGCCCAAAGCUACUUUUUGUUGCAAUUUUUUUAAUCUGUCGGGAAAAGUUGUAAAAGCUCUAUGGAAGAUUCCUGUGACUACACAAAUAAAUAGCAGACAAUUUCUGUAGUAAGAGAAAAAGUUCACUACUUUUCAUUAUUAGUGGUAUAUAUUCAUUACAUAAAAUCAUGGGUUUCACUUUGACUUUUUCUACAUUUGUGCCAUGUAUUUUGCUCACAUUUCCCUCUCUUGUCCCUCUCCUUCCUUUUCUCUCCCCAAAAUAGUCUUUCUACUUCAAUUCAUGGAUGUGUUUUAAAUAUAGAUUCCACAUAUGAAAGUAAACAUGUGCUACUUACCUGUGUGAGCCAGGCUUAUUUUGCUUAACAUGUUGAUCUCCUCCAGUUCCAUGCAUUUCCCUGCCAAUGAUGUUAAUUUCAUUCUUCAUGGAUGAGUAAACCUCCACUGUGCAUACCAUAUUUAUUCACCUGGUGACAGUCGACUACUUUGGAUCCCUGUAAUCAACUUCUACACAUAUCCUCUUCUGACACCUCUAAAAAAAAACCCUUCCUUACAACUCUAAAUCUCUUAAUAGAAGCAAAAAGAACUCAAUUAGUAAGUAAAAGCUGCCUAUGGUGAAGGUCAAUAGUCACCCAUUUGCAGCAGACUUGAGUGGGUUUCAGAAUAGGAAUUCUACCCUCACUGCCUCAUUUCAUGCAGGUAUGCACACAUACAUAUCACAAACAUAGAUGACAUUGUUCUCAUUGGUUCUUGAAAGAAUAGAGGAAAGUGUGCCUUUUGGCAAGCAGAUUAAGGUGGGCUGGGAAUUUUAUGUCUUUUCCAAUGAACUUCAAUAUAUUCCUAACUGCCUUCUAAUCUAAAAGACCUCUAGACAAUUUUUUAGUGCCACAGAACUCUUAGAAGAGACCCUAGAAAAAGAAAGCAGAAAGGGCACUUGAGAUUUUAAUGAGGGUUCUUAAAAGUGAUAGCAAGCUUUCAAAGGAGAGACAAGUGUUACUAACCACUACAAAUAGAAAUAAUCAAAUUGUUGAACUCUUAGGAUGAUAAAAUUGAGAUAAAUUGUUUGAUUAAAAAUGUUUCUGGGGCUGGAGAGAGCGCUAUAUUGGUUAAGAGCACUUGCUCAUCUUCCAGAACACCAGAGUUCAGUUCCCAUCAAGCAUAUCAGGAAGCUUACAACAGCUUGCAACUACAGCUCCAAAGGAUCCCAGUCCUCCUCUGGCUUCUGUGUGUGUGUAGUGUAGUUUCUUAUGGCUGGGUGAGUGGUUAAUAAGAGCCCUCACCUAACAUAAGCAAGAUCCUAGGUUUGAUCCCCCAAAAGAUCAUUUUACAUCAACCUUUUCUCCAACAAAAUCUAGAAAUGCAACUUAUGUGAGAAAACUAGCUCUAAAAAUCUCUUUUCAAGUUUUGGAUAUUAGAGCUGAAUUUCAAAAAGCAGUAGUUUCUCAUGUAGCAUCACUGUAUUAAUAAAGUCAUCAGGCAAGAUCCAUAUUAAAAUUAUUAUUUUAAAUUGUGCAGUGUCACAGAUUGCCUUUCCAAAUAUGGAGGAGGACUGUUCUAAAUUUUACCUAAGAAAUGAGUCUGCUACAACUUUAUGAAAGAGAAGAGCUAAACUAGGGGAUGGUACAUAUGGAAAGAAAACCAGAUUACACAUGUCAUAUUUAGUCCCAUAAAUUUAGUUUUAAGUAUAUAACCUAUGAUUACAAAUGAGUUCUAUAAAUUUGCCAGAACUUACACAUCAAAAUGAAUGACAUCCAUCAAGCAAAUCAUCUUAAAUAUCUGCACCUGCUGCGUGGUAGGGCACAUACCUUUAAUCCCAGCGAGGCCUGACUGAUAUAUACAGCGAGUUCAAGGACAGCUAGAGCUACACGGAGAAACUGUGUCAUGAGGAAAAUAAAAAGAAAAAGAAAAGAACCUACACUACACCCAUAUUCUAAUGAUGCCACCACUAGUUACCAUAUUUUAGACCUCUACUUUGUAAGUCUUUCAACACCUACAAUACACUCUAUGAAUAACCUAAUAAAACAAAAUCAUGAUUCUACAAGAUUUGAAUUUUUAGAAAUAUUCAAAAAUAAGUUGUGGUUCAAAAAUGGUCAAAUGAAGGGUAACUUAGUUUUUUUUAAAAAAGGUAAACAUCUUCAAGCACUGAACAACAGGCACAUUCGUGAGUUUUCAGUGUGUACAUGCCUAGAACCCCUUAGUCAAAACGUAUCCUAUUACUUUCCAAAGAUACCUUAUUUCCCUUUGCAACUUAAAAUCAACUUUCAACAUUCUUGCGAGUAGUGGCAGCUUUACAAAAAUAAAUAUAGUGCCUCCUAAGAAAAAUAAAGGACAAGAUACUUAAGUAGAGAACCUCCACAGAUUAUGGAACAAUCAAGAUUUAACCCCUGAAAUCCUGGUGUUUAAACAAGGUACAUGAAGAGUUCCUGUGGCCUAAGAUGUAAACAAACUGACAACUGUCUUUCUACAUCUUAGGUGAUCCAAAAGAAACAUUUUAUCAUGUACAGGUUUUGGCAAGUGGGUUGUUAGCAAGGAGUAACUGGAAAAACAAAAACCCCUGAAGAUUCUACAGAAUAAUGGGAGCCUUUUGGACUAAACAUUCAUAGUGGCGGAUAUAGUGAGAUGAGGCUCAAAUAGAAAGACGAAAGCAGCUAGCUCAGGUCAUCUGAAAAUCUAAUGUCCAAUGUAGAUGUUUCCAUAGGAGAUCUAAUCAUUUUAUUUAAAAUACAGCUUCAGCAACAGCACUAUACUUCAACAACCAAGGCAGUUGCCUGUAGUCCAACAAGUGACAACUGUACCCGGCAAUAUUUAGGAAGGAGAGGCAGUCAGAAUUCAAGAGUUUUUCUAGAACCAAUGGCACUAAAAUCAACGUCAGUGUGGGUUCACAAGGAGAGUUCCAAACCCAAGCCAUCAACCACAUUAGUUAGGGAAUAUAAUUUCAUAAAGUACUAACUUUAGAAAUAACUAUUUGAAUUCUCCCUUUAAAUACAAUAUGGCAUGUUCUCGUUUCAAUUGCACAACAGUAACAGACCUUGUCCAGAUCAUUCAGUUCAGAUAAGACUAAGUACAGCCUUUCCAAGGGAAAAUACAUGAAGUUGAUUUCUUCUCAUGUGCAUACUAGAGAUACUAUUCAAGAAGAGAGAAAUAUUUUAACUGCUUACAGAUUCCAUUUCUUCAACGUUUUACAAAAUGGGGAUAGGGAAUUUCUUCCUAGUCAAAACAGUGAAUGCGUUUGGAGCUAUAGACUUAACAAUUGAUAGCAGAAGACAGAGCAACUAGAAAACAGACGCUUUGCUUAAAUUUUCUCAGCCUAGUCAGUGGUCCCUCACACAUCAUACAGAAAAUGUUUGUAUCAAAAUUAGUUAUAUCUCCUGAGUUUAAUUUAUGAAAGGGAAAAUUUCAGUGUUUGUGUAAAUGGCACUUUGGCUCUGCAUAUUACUUUAAAAGCUAAAACCUCUGAGUAAUUACUUUUAUUUAGAUAUUUUCUGUAAGAAGUACAAAGUUAUUGUCAACCUGAAAUGUGUGAAAAACAAUCUUGUAUAAUAAUUUUGUGUGUUUUUAGCUUCAGUAUAAAGAAAAAUAAAGCAUUUAUUUCCCCUCCCACAAAAUGUAUGGCUACUUAGAAAUAAAGAUGUUUUGUUCCUUUUCCAAUGUAACCAUUUAUACCUAUUAAUAAAUGUUGAUGGACA